AUGAUCGAGAUAGAAACAAUAGACGGACAUAUAUUUAGGCUGGAGGAAAAUGAGGCAUACAAGAGCAUUCUGAUAAGAAACGUGUGUACAUCAACGGCAUGCAGGUAUCCCAUUGCUCUUAGAGUACGAUCUUCGAUCUUCAUGAUAAUACAAAAAUAUAUGAAGGUAGACACCUCUCAGUUGUCUGAAGACUAUAACCCAUUGGAAAUAAGAUUCAAGCCAUCGGACUUCAGUUUUUUCAUGGAAUAUGACAACAAGACAUUGCUGGACAUAUGCAAUGGAGCCAACUACCUUGAGUACCCGUACUUACUUGAGCUGUGCUGCAAAAUUAUCUCUGAAAAGAUGAAGAGCAAGAGUACAAGGGAGCUUGCAGAGUUUAUCGGAAUGGAGUGCAAUAUGACUGAGGAAGAGAUGAGGAGAGUCGAAAAGGAGUUCGAAUGGGUAUCUUCUGAAGAAUAG